AUGUCUUACGGAAGGAAUAUCUUACCACAGCAAGUUAUUGUCAGGUACCUUUAUACUUUCAAUAGACAAUUGUUUCGUAAUGAGAAACAUUUAAAUAUUAAACAGUAUCAAAUUCGUUCUUUGAGUUUUAAAAACCGUAUCAGAGUUGAAUCUGAAAAGUUGAAUACAGCCCCCGUUGAAUUUAGACCAAAUCUGUUACAUGUAGAUAAAGAUGUUGACGAUAUUGUCGAGGCCGCUGUUAAAGCAAUAAGAUGUACUUCUGAUGUCAGCGUAGAUCCAUCAGAAACCAAAGAUCCUGAUAAUUCAAAAUUACCUUUCAAUGUUAAACCAAUUAGUAAUAUUGAACUUAAGGAGAGAAGGUUGAGAAAACAAAAUAAUACUGUAAAUAAAUACGAUUUGACUCAUAUCAAGAAAAAUAUAAUCAAUCCAUAUAUUCAACUUACAAAACCACGAUUAACUAUGCUGGUCAUGUUAAGCGCAAUCUGUUCAUAUGCACUAUCACCAUAUUCUGCAUCUAUGUCUCAAUUAGCAUGCCUAACAAUAGGCACCACGUUCUGCUCUGGUGCAGCAAAUGCAAUUAACAUGGGUAGGGAACCAGAUUUUGAUAGACAGAUGAUACGUACUCAAGCUAGACCAGUGGUUCAAGGCAUCGUGACACCAAAUCAAGCAUUCAAAUUUGCAACGGUAAUCGGUGUCGCCGGUGUCGGGAUAUUGAAUGUUGGGGUUAAUCCAACUGUUGCUUUCUUAGGAUUUUCAAAUAUUGCUCUAUAUUCUUGGGCUUAUACCUCACUGAAGAGAAAACAUAUCAUUAACACAUGGGUUGGUGCACUAGUCGGAGCCAUACCCCCAUUAAUGGGUUGGGCCGCAGCAAGCCCACUGACGCAUCCGGCGGCAUGGUGCCUUGCUGGUUUAUUAUAUGCAUGGCAAUUCCCUCAUUUCAACACGUUGAGCCAUAACAUAAAAAAUGAAUAUAAAAAUGCAGGCUACGUUAUGACGGCCUGGAAAAAUCCUUUGUUGAAUGCUAGAGUAUCAUUGAGAUAUUCUUUACUGAUGUUUCCUUUAUGUUUUGGACUUUCCUAUUAUGGUGUCACCGAUUGGUAUUAUCAAUUAGAUUCAGCCAUUGCUAAUGGCUGGAUGUCAUUCUGGGCAUAUAAAUUCUAUAUGCAACAGAGAAUAACAUAUUCUGCUGAGAUCAUGAAAGAUAAGAUUGCAUUCAACAAAAGUAUGGCUAUAGCAAGCGCUUAUUCUAGGAAAACAUUUUGGGGUAGUAUUAUCCAUCUGCCUGCCGUAUUGAUAUUAGCUAUAGUACAUAAGAAAGGACGCUGGGAUUGGCUCCUAAAUAAUGAUAAAAAUGAUGAUCAAAAUGUCCCCAAGCACCAAAAACGGUUAGAAUAG